AUGGCGGAAAGUAGGACUCCGGAGGAGCUGUCCCAACAAGAUGCAACGUUCUUAUUCAUCAACAAUCUCCAAGAAAACCUCGCAAAAUCCGGAUUUGUCAACAGCAUCAAGUCCAGAGAAUCGGUAACAAAGCAGACAAUCACAAAUGAAGCGACAGAAACAACAAUACCGGUGGAAGCAACCAGAUCGAAGAAAGACAGUGCCGCAACGGCCAGAAUCACUCGAUUGAAGCCUCCGACAGCAGGCAAAUAG